AUGGGCUUUCUUAUCACCCCUUCUGCAACAUGGUACUCCGCUCUUUCCUCCCUCACCGAACGCGCAGCCUCCCUCCUCGCUUCUGACACAAAAACAUAUUCAAAUUCUACCGUGUCGCACAACGCAUCCGAUGCGCACUUCAUCAAGACCAUCCUCUCAACCGGUACUCUCUCCGACCGGCUGAGCGCACUUACCCUACUCGUUCAGGCGAGCCCCCUUCACAACACCGCCGCCCUCGAAAGCUUGCGCUCUAUGGCUCAGCGCGGUCGUGCAAAGGGCGGUAGAGAUGAAGGUCUCAAGGCUGUCCGCUGUGUAGUCGAUUGGUGGGUAGGCGGAGGAGGUCCGGGCCGCAAACUCAAAUACUUUCGCGACCAACCUCUUCUCCACCCGGAAGCCACGAACGCGCACCUUCUCAUCUGGUACUUCGAGGAUUGGUUGAAGAAGUACUUCUUCUCCAUCCUGCAGAUCCUGGAGACGUUCUCCCUCGACCCUCUCACCUAUGUCCGCACGCAAACACUUGCCUUCCUCGCCACCCUUCUUCGUGCGCAGCCAGAGCAGGAGCAAAAUCUUCUUCGUCUCCUUGUGAACAAGCUCGGCGAUACUGAGAAGUCUGUAUGCUCCCGCGCGUCAUACCACCUGCUACAAGUUCUACAGGCGCAUCCAGCGAUGAAGGCUGUCAUCGUGCGCGAAGUGCGCGCUCUGGUCUUCCGCCUUCCUGCUUCCACAGCCGCACAGGCGGCCUCAACUACUCCUGCCGUGCAUACUCAUAUUCGCUUCACCGACGCGGACUCGUCAUCGAGCAAAGCGAAGCCGACCCCGAAGUCGGACAAGGAGAAGGGGACAGAGGGCCGCUGGAACUCUCACGCAUGGUACUAUUCGGCUGUCACGCUGAACCAGGUCGUCCUUACUCCUUCGACGGCCGACCGCGUAGUCGCGCGCACUCUCGUGGACAUGUACUUCGAGAUGUUCGAGGAGAUCCUUGGGUCAAAGACCGACUCCGACGAUGCGAGCGACAACGAGGGACGUCACGAGGAGGGGACGAAGAGCCACGGCAAGGGCAAACAUGAUGGCAAGGGGAAAGACAAGAAGAAACAAAAGGCGAAGGAGGUCAAGGGGGAGGCUGGCUUCACCGAAGUCGAGGAUUCAUCCUCCAGGAUGAUCGGUGCGAUCCUUACGGGUGUCAACCGCGCGUUGCCGUUCGCGCAGAUGCACCUGAGCGAUGAAAGCUCCGCCAUCUUCCAGAAGCACAUAGACACGCUUUUCAGGAUAACGCACACCUCUACAUUCAACAUCUCGCUACAGGCCCUUACACUUAUCCUUCAUAUAUCUACCACACUCUCUGCUCCCGUAGCGUCUUCCUCCAAGGCUUCUUCCUCCACGGCAAAGUCGUCUGCAUUCACGAUAUCCCUCCGCGACCGCUUUUACCGGACGCUGUAUGCUUCGCUCAUCGACCCGCGACUAAGCACAUCGAACAAGCAGGCUCUAUAUCUCAACCUGCUCUUCAAAGCCUUGAAGGCGGACCAUGACGCAGAUCGUGUCGCGGCGUUUGUUCGCCGAUUCGUGCAAGUCCUUGCUGGCGGAGUCGGCGCUGGAGGCGCCGUUGAGUUCGUUACCGGCGGCUUGUACUUACUUGGCGAGCUUUUCAGCUCAACCCCGUCUUUGAAACAACUACUGAGCAGCCCGAAGGCAAAAGCCACAUCCGACGCUCCCGGUUACGAUGCGCGAAAGCGUGAUCCUCAAUAUGCCCAUCCGUUCGCGUCGCCUAUGUACGAACUUCUCCCGCUCCUUAGUCACUACCACCCUACUGUCUCCUUGCAUGCCCGCCAGCUGCUAUCUUCGACGCCGAUCACCGGUUCGCCAGACCUCUCGCUUAACACACUCACCCAUUUCCUCGACCGUUUCGUCUACAAGAACCCCAAAAAGCCAAAACCGAAGGGCCAGAGCGCGAUGCAGCCGUCGCUUGAGAACGCCUCCUCCGCGCACGGAGUGACCCUAGUGAAGGGCGAGGCCGGGCUUGGCGUUCCGGUCAACGAUGAGAAGUUCUGGAAGAGGCGGGUGGAGGACGUGCCCGUUGACCAGCGGUUCUUCCAUACCUACUUCGUACGGAAGGAGGAACGGGACCGGAAGAAGGCGGAGAAGGUUGCGAAGAGGAAGGGGAAGGGCGAGGCGGAGGGUUCUGAUCUUGAGGAGUCAGUAUCUGAGGCUGAGGCGAGCCGGGCGGGGAGCGAGGGGGACAGUGGCGAGGACGUUGCGGAUGGAAGCGAGGAAGAAGGCGAUGGGGGUGAGAGCGAGAGCGAGGACGGCGGUUUCGACUUGGGCAGCGUCGGCCAGAAGCCUGCUCCAGCCGGGGACGAGGAAGAGGACAGCGACGCGGAAGAGGCGGAGAUCUGGAAGGCAAUGAGAACGACGAUGCCAUCAGAACUCCAAGACGAUGGCCUCACGGACGACGAGAGCGACGACGUGCCUUCCGACUUGGAUGAGUUGUCCGGGGAUGAGGAUAAUGAGGAGGAAAAUGACCCGCCAAGGGAAGACGAGGAGACCGAUGAUGACGAAGACUUCGACCUUGCAGAGGGUUCCGAUGCUGAGGAUCUUCUCUCUCUUGAUGCUGAAGUACCGACGGGCCUCAUCGAAUAUGAUGGCCCUGACGCCAGCGGAGAGGAAGAUGAAACAGAAUGGGGUGGGAUCCUGUCGGGACCCGAGGAGAAGCGUAAGAGUAAGAGGAAACGAGUUGAGGAUGAGAAGAAGGCGCAACGGAAGAAGCUGCGCUCGCUGCCCACUUUUGCAAGUUAUGAGGACUAUGCGAAGCUUAUUGAGGAUGGGCCAGAGGAUAAUCUCUGA